AUGGAAUGGAUCAGUCAAAGAUCAGACUUUCUCAAAAGAGACUUGAAUAAACUUGAAUUUUCUCCGGAAGAGUCUUUCAAGAUAUCGACUUCCAGCCUAGUCAAAAUUAAUCGCAUCUCAAAGCCAAAAACCUUAGAGUUCACCACAGAAGAUGAGUUUCUGAAAUGGCUAGAAUUGGAGAAGUCGCCUCUUGAGGUGCCAGGCCUGGUGCUUGUGAUGCAUCAUAGGCUGGAUGCAACCGACCCACUGGGAGCCAGGUCACUGCCAUACGGGAAGAGCACUUUCAGAAAAAUAACUCAAAAACUAUAUCAGCACCGUUCGCUGGCGCUCCUGUUCAAGAGAGCCUCUACCGCGCUCAUCACCCACAACAUUGUGGGUGCUAUUCACAUCCACCCUUUGAUGUACAACUGCAAGUCCGACAUUGAAAGCCCACCGCCGACAGUGAAUCGUCCAGACGAUGUUGCGCUGUCAGUCACUUCAUUUCCGACUCUUGGCACAGCUUACGCAGCCAUGUAUGGCUGCACGCAGCCCGUCAUUGAGUCAACUAUUAAGUGCCUGGAAGACUUUGGUGGACAGGCCUUUCAUCCUCUCGCUAUGCCAGUAAUAUUCGCGGAACUAGAACGCGCACGCCUGGUAGGUUUGCUUGACAGGGAGAAAGAGGCGCUUGCCAAACGUAUCUUGGAGUUGGAAAACAAGCUUCGAGGUGAAGACCAGAGUUCUAUUUCUGAGAAGGCAGAUUCUGAGCCCACAUCACAAACGAGAGAUUGUGAGUCGACCAAACUUUGGAUGGAUGUCAGUAGUCUCCAAAAUGGACUCCAUAGUCUCAGGACUCAGCUGCAGAACAUGAUGGAACACUCAGGAAAUCUAGCUACGACAUACUUCAAGUCACCUGUCGAAGGUAGCAAUAAGAUUGAUGAACAUGCCGAAGAACGAAGAGCAGGAAGCAGGAUUGAGAUGAGAUUACGCGAGAUGAUUGAUGAGUUGGGAAGCAAGAUCCGAAGCUGUGAAGCUCUCCUCGGCGGGAUGUCCCUAGCUGCACAAAUGGAAUCAAACUACUACACGAGACGAGACGCUAGAGUAUCCAUCAUCAUUGCAAAUGCUACGAAGAGAGAUGGCAGCCAAAUGAGAAGCAUUUCCCUGCUAGGGAUGAUCUUCCUGCCUGGAACAUUUCUUGCAUCCCUUUUCUCCAUGUCUUUCUUCAAUUGGACUCCCCCAGAUGGUAAUCAAAUCAUCUCGCCGUGGAUCGCUCUCUAUGGCGUCCUUGUAAUCGUGAUCACAUUGAUCACUGUCUGGGGUAUGAGGAAGUGGAUGGAAGCAGAAGAGAAGAAAGCUAGGGAACAGAUGGCGAAGGAGGUCAAUAGCGAUGGUGACUCCAUUUUGAGAAUUACCUUCGCACAACGGAACGUAUUUGAGUGUCUGAACAUUGUUGGCUAUUGUCACGGAGGGCCCGGAUCGAAGGAAGUUCGUCCCAUACUGCCCCGUGAUGAAGCCUUUGGAUACGCAACUGAUAGAUGUAUGUUCUUUGAAGUCAUUCUCGUUGCGCAACAAGCCUUCGCGUACCUCCUCCUUCAUGAUUCGUGCAAAAUCCAACCGGUCGAACGGCAACGAUGUAACUCCGAUGCUGGCCCCAAGGAAUCCGGCGCGAGAUUUCAGUGCGACCGACUAAACACGACGCUGAGAUCGCGGAGACUCGGCCGGGAAAAGCCCGAUUUGACGAUGCUAGGAAACUAUUCAAUCCUUGGGCACCGUCACGCCAAUCCUGUCGUUCAUCGCUUUUUCAACCGUCAGCCACUGGACCCCGUGUUCUCAGCCCAGCUCAAAGGACCUGUUACACGUUGUUUGAACAUGCACUAUUCCUGGGCUGUUGGCGUGCUUUGCACUCUACUUGCUUCAGCUUCCAAGGUUUGUGCCCGAGAGACUGAAGACACCGCUGGACGCAAGACUUGUGUUGUCAAGGCCAGCGGGACCAACACGACCGACGACGCUCCUGCUAUACUCGAGGCAUUCACGCAGUGCGGCCGGCGCGGCAAGGUCGUGUUCGAGCCAACGACAUACUUUGUCAACUCCGCUCUGAAUGUCACUUGGCUGGACGACGUCGAGAUUGAUCUUCAGGGAACUCUACUGUGGAGUACGAACAUCUCGUACUGGCUCGCCAACUCCCUGGAUGUUGGGUAUCAGAAUCAGUCCACCGCCUUCAUCCUCGGCGGCAACAAUGUUCGUCUCAACGGCCAUGGACAAGGCACUUUCGAUGGCAACGGCGACUACUGGUAUGAAUGGAUCAGACAGCAAGCCAAUACUUCCAACUACCCUGGUCGUCCGCAUGCUCUCACUCUCAACGGGCUGAGGAACUCUGUUGUAAAGGGGGUAAAUUUCUUGAGAAGUCAGAUGUGGACUUUGUCCAUCAUCUACUCUCAUAACGUCGUCCUCGAUAGCAUCUUGGUCAACAACACCGGAAACCGAUUCCAAAGCUCGAACACGGACGGAGCCGACACGAUCCGGUCCUCCGGCAUCAAGUUCAAUAACUGGACUGUCUACAGCGGCGACGAUAGCAUCUCUCUCAAGGCAAACAGCACUGAUGUCAGCAUUACAAACUCCAAGUUCUACAAUGGCUUAGGCAUUGCGCUUGGUAGCAUUGGACAAUACAACGACCAGUUUGAGACCAUCGAGAGGCUGAAAGUCGAGAAUUGCUUCUUUGACAGCACGUUGCAUGCCGUCUACUUCAAAACUUGGACGGAUGAUCAGAACGGCUACCCUCCCAAUGGCGGCGGCGGCGGGCUUGGUUUUGCGUCGGAUAUGUCUUUCAAGAACCUCACUGUUCAGGGCAUGCGCGGUGCUGCAUUUGCAAUCUCCCAGUGCACCCGUUUCCGCGGCGCACCUGGAGUGGGCAACUGCACCAACUCGCAAUUCCAGAUUCGUGACAUCACCCUCAAUGGCAUGGUCGGCACGACCAAGUCAUCCCGCGUUGCCAGUCUCCAAUGCAGUGCUGUUGCACCCUGCACCAACAUCGGUCUCUUCGAUGUCGACCUGGAGUUUGCCAACGGGACUGCUGCCACUUCAUACCUUUGCGGAAAUGCUGUGAGCCCGCAGGGCUUCAAUUGUACUGGGACUCCUUGUGUUGGAGGAAGCGCAACGGGUGAAUGUUGA